AUGUUACAAGAUGGAAUGGCUGGGUUUGUCUGGCCUGGUGCUGACCUAGGCACCGCUCCCAUGGCCUCUGCUUCAUCGGUUCUGAAAUUGUCCGCUGCAGCCCCUACAGCAACUUCUACGGUAUCAGACGGAGGCGUGUUUUUCUCUUCCGACGUCUCCGCGUCCGUUACACUUACCUCAACCGCACUAGAUCCUGGUGCCUUUUACUCAUCGCAUAUUCCUGUAUCGACUUCCACCGCCACAGACGAAGGCGCAUUCUUUUCUUCGGACGUUUUGACAUCUGCUACUGAUCCUGCCGUAAUAGCCUCGACUGCACUAGAUCCCAGAGUCUUUUACUCGUCUGACGUUGCUACGUCGAUUACUACGGCAUCAGAUGGCGGAGCGUUCUUUUCUUCCGUCGUUUCCACGUCCGCUAUUGGCUCGCACACUAGUACUCAUUGCCUCCCAACUGCAGUCCACGACAAUCCUUUAAACCCAAAUGUGGCACCGCCAAUUGAUGCUGUGCCGUCAUGCGUCGACUAUGGUACACUCCCAACCACAGUACCUAAUGCUGCCGGGCUCGCUGUCGAUCGUGGACCACCUUUCGAAAUAUCCGAUCUUACAGCUUUAGCAACAAACAUGCCUACGGGUUUAUCAUCGACCUUUACAAAGCGGGACAUCCCUAGAAUCUCGACCAACCCAGGUCCAAUUGUUGGCGCUGUGGUAACCGCUCUUGGUGUAAUUCUUCUGUUAUAUUUAUCGAUCAAGUAUUGUGUACGCACGAGUUCCGGGACCAAAGACUUGGAAAGGGGAAAUUAUCCGUAUCAUAAAGAAGUCACCCGUGGUCGCCGUUGCUACCGCGAUGGAUCGCCUGCGGCCACCCGUCCGGAGGACAUUCCAAUCUCGGAAGGGUAUGGUAUAGAUCCCAUUGAUCUUGCUCGAGCUCAGAAUUGGCAAGAAGGAGUCAGCGAAAAAGGUGUGUUUGUUACUCGAGAUCGCGUGGAUCGAGCCGUCGGUGCUGAUGACCUUCAGUCAAUUCUUACUUCCGGAGGCGGCAACGGUAGGACAUAUACUUCUCCGCAUUAUCCUGACCCCAUCCUAACGCGCAAACUGGUACCUAGACCUCGUCCUGUAACCCAGUUGCCGCUGCUCGCGUACAGUGCGCAGUGUACGGAUGGUGGGCAGGUCUCACCAGUCUCCCCACUGAAUGUGAACGAUGUACAAAACGAUCAUAACCGUACACGAGAUUACAGCAACGUCUCACCUCUUAACUCGCUCACCAUGCAUCGUGGACCUUCUGGGUCGUUGUGA